AUGACCACCACCGCCACAGCAUCGACAUUGGGGAAAAAAUCUCGCAAGUCUUUGAAGUCGGCAUUGAUAUCAACGGACAUUGGAUCUUUUAAAACGGCCGGCGGUAGUGUUGCUGGGUCCAAUCGCGUUCCAAAGUGUGCUCGUUGUCGCAAUCAUGGUUGGAUUUCUGAAUUGCGUGGUCACAAGAAACAUUGUUCUUACAAGAAUUGCCGUUGUGCUAAAUGUGUUUUGAUAUUUGAGAGGCAGCGUAUAAUGGCCGCACAGGUUGCCCUAAAGCGCCAACAAGCUGUUGAAGAUGCCAUAGCUCUGCGUUUGGUGGCAACUAAAACUGGACAACAUAUGGACACUUUGCCGCCGGGCAACAUCUUUGGCAUAGGAGAAAACUUGACCGAAAAGGAAGCCUCCAUGGAAUGUUCGGUGGAAGAUUUAAGUUUGCCAAAUAAACAACAACAUCAACAACAAGUAGGAGAAAUGGAAAACUCUGCAACUGCAACAUCAACGGAAUGCAAGGUAUCGGAAAAUGCCAUUGAUAUGUUGAUGCAAAUAUUCCCUCAGAGAAAACGUACAGUUUUGGAAUUGAUUUUGAAACGCUGUGAUUCUGAUUUGAUAAAGGCCAUAGAAAAUAUUUCCACCAACUUUCGAGAACACAAAGAUCUAAGGGAUUUGGAUGUGACCACACCGGGGGAGCAGGGCACAAUGAAGAGUGCUUUUAAGCCAGUUUAUUCAUCGGGCAAUAUGCACUCCAAACCUGCCUUAAAUCUGUCGAGUGGUUUAUGCGCCACUUCAGCUACCACAUCAUCAUAUCCCAAAUGGUUUGUACCUCUGACCUUUCCCAUUACAUUUCAAGGACAUUUGGCUCCAGCCCUGCCUCCACCCAUGCCACCAUCUUCAGCAGCACGAUGUACACUUCCCAAUUGCUCCUGUAUGGAUAUCCAGGUGUCAAAUGACAAAGAUCUUGAGGUUCGGGAACAGCACAAUGGUUGUUUCUUAAAAUUACAUCCCACUCCAUUUUGCCCUGACUAUAUAAAAUUCGAAAUGAUAGCAUUGCUAUCUAUUGGCUAA